AUGCAGGAGCUGCGUCACAGGGUGCAAAACCUGGAACGCCAACUAGCAGAUCAGGAGCAUCGUCAACAGACUUCCGACCCUGACUACUCUCAGUCCCCCGAGAGCCGGGGAAGAACCUCCAACCGACGCAGUCGCUUCCGGCACACCUCUAUAUUGAGAUCAGAAUUGGAAAGUAGCCGGGAGAAUCGGGAACACCCCAGGAGGCGAAACGAUACAAUCAUCUACACCCGGGGCAAACGGGCGUGCGUCAUGCGACAAGACCGCGAAAACGGAGAAGGAAGGUCCGAAAGAACACGGCAACUCAUCAUCAUGGGCGCCACCCCAUUCCACCGUUCCAUCCUCGAGGUCCGGUUGCUGAGACACUUCGACAAACCAACGGACAUGAGUUAUGACGGGACACAGGACCCGCAAGAGCACCUAACGGCCUUCGAGGCCCGAAUGAACCUCGACGAAGUGGGAGACGAGGUAAGGUGCCGUGCUUUCCCGGUCACCUUGGCAGGCCCGGCGAUACGGUGGUUCAAUAGCCUCCCGCAGGGUUCUGUAGCCGGCUUCUCAGACAUCAGCCGUGCCUUCUUAGCACAAUUCACUACUAGAAUCGCAAAGGCAAAGCACCCAAUCAAUCUCCUCGGCAUGACCCAACGCACCGGGGAGAUGACCAGGAAGUAUCUAGAUCGGUUCAACGAUGAAUGCCUGGAAAUCGAAGGACUAACCGACUCUGUGGCCAGCCUUUGUCUGACGAAUGGCCUUCUUAAUGAGAAUUUCCGAAAACAUCUCACCACCAAACCGGUUUGGACGAUGCAUGAGAUCCAGAUCGUAGCCAAAGAAUACAUAAAUGAUGAGGAAGUUAGCCGAGUCGUGGCUGCCAACAAACGGCAGCCCUCCUACAAUCAACCCAGGCAACAUGGUAACGGAGAAAGGCAGAAGGAGAAGGCCAGAGACGGGGGCCCGAGCAAGGCACCCAGACCGUUUCCCCGGAUAGGAAAAUUCACCAACUACACCCCACUCACUCUCCCCAUCGUAGAAGUUUACCAGCAAAUCGCCGAAAAGGGAAUAUUGACGAAGCCCCAACCUCUGAAAGACCGUACAGGGCGGAACAAGAGCCUCUACUGUGAUUACCAUAAAGGCUAUGGGCACCAAACACAGCACUGCUUCGACCUGAAAGAUGCGCUAGAACAAGCCAUCAAUGAUGGUAAACUGGCCGAAUUCUCCCACCUUAUCAGGGAACCGAGGAGACAACAUCGCGGCCACGAUAAAGAUGGCAAGACUUGA